AUGUCCACGGGCUCCGGGAGCGAGGCGGAGGAGCUGCCCGAGAUGGACCUGCGGGCGCUGCAGCUGGACUACCCGCCACCGCCGGCCAAGCGCCAGCCCCGCGGCGAGCUCUACCCUUCGGCUGACAACUCCUCGGCGGCGGAGGAGGAGGAGGAGGAGGAGGAAGAGGAGGAGGAGGAGGAGGACGGCGAGGGGAGCUGCGCGGCGGGGCCGGCGGGCAGCGGCUGCAAGAGGAAGCGCGCGCGGGGCGGCGGCCCCGGGGGCAAGAGAGCGGCGUCGGGGCCGCGGGGGCCGCCGCCCGAGGGGAAGCAGUCCCAGCGCAACGCGGCCAACGCGCGGGAGCGGGCGCGGAUGCGGGUGCUGAGCAAGGCGUUCUCCCGGCUGAAGACGAGCCUGCCCUGGGUGCCGCCCGACACCAAGCUCUCCAAGCUGGACACGCUGCGCCUGGCGUCCAGCUACAUCGCCCAUCUCCGGCAGCUCCUGCAGGAGGACCGCUACGAGAACGGCUACGUCCACCCCGUCAACCUGACUUGGCCAUUUGUGGUUUCAGGAAGACCUGACUCUGACACCAAAGAAGUUUCUACUGCCAGCAGAUUAUGUGGAACUACCGCAUAG